UGCUUGUUCAAAGUCAGCUCCGACAACCAGCAUUGACAAUUUUCCGUACAAAAUGCGCAGCUCAAGAUGUGUUUUCAGCACAGCUGCAGCUUUACAUCGGGUUUUCAUUGCACCUAUUGAACAAUCUCAAUUCCAAUUAGCUCGUCAAACCCUCGUCCUAUCUCGAUCGCCGUCAAAACCCUCUCCAAUCCUGCUUCCUCAACAGAGACGCACACUCGUCAACCUGACAAGAGCAGAGAAAAGCCGGCUCCCUCGAGAUGACGAAAUCCAGUCCUGGUCCGUAACCCUCGUGGACGAGGAUGGAAAGCUGCAGGAGCCGCGGUCUACAAUGGCGAUUCUCGACUCGAUGGACCGAAAGAAAGAUUCUCUCGUUGUGGUGAAACCUGGUGAACCGGGCAUUCCUCCAAUAUGCAAGAUCAUGAAUAAAUUGGCAAUGAGGGAAGCAGAAAAAGCAAAGCGGAAAUCUGAAAGGAAGGGUGGUGUUACGGUCAAGAAUAUGGAACUCAAUUGGGCUAUUGAUGGGAAUGAUUUGGGACAUCGGCUGAAUAAGCUGAAAGAGUUUUUGAUGAAGGGCCAGAGGGUCGAGGUUCUACUUGCGGGGAAGAAGAAAGGGAGGAAGGCUACGGAGGAGGAAGCUAAAGCUGUUAUCAAAAAGAUUAAGGGUGCUAUGUCUGAGGUUGGGGCGAAAGAGAUGAAGCCUAUGGACGGAAAGAUAUUGGCUAUGGCUACACUGUUCUUGGAGGGGAAGAUUUCGAAGACGACAUCUGAGGCACCAACAUCACCACAAGAAGCAUCAGGUGAGACGUUAUGAUCAACAGGAGCUAGGACGCAACUUUCUCAAUCGCCUCAGGCCAAGAUGACUCGACUGUGUGUAUGACUCAAUUGCAAACAAGCCGUAUGUUCUUGCUGCGUGGCGAAGGAUCUGAGAGAUCAUGGUUGCCUUGUGGAACAUUGGGCUGUAGAGAGCAAUUAGUGCCUAUAAUUGGAGUUCGAACUUGUAUGUAGAUACCAUAGACACGUAUUUGAAAGACAAC